GGAGUGUCCAAUUUGCUGUACGACGCCUCCUUAGAAGGACCUAACUCAAACUUCACAGAAGCCACUCUCACUUGCCUUAUGAAUGGCGAUACCGUUCCCACACUGAGUGCAAUUCAGACUACAAGUAACCGCAAUAUAACAUUUAACAGGUAACAUUUAGUAUUCUAACAAAAUCUCCAAACUGCUAGCAGAAUCUUCAGUUCAGUUUUAGUCUAAAAUUUGAAAUUCCCUUUGAAUACCUGACAAUACACAAUAUGUGUUUAUAAGUUCAGAACGUUAGCUGAACACGAUGUUUCAGUAAUAGCAUCAUAAACAUAAGUUUAUGUUUUUUUACUGCAUUCAUUUACAUUUUCUGCAUUGUUACACAGUAUUUAUUGAAAUUCUACACAGUAUAUAAACAAAAACGGGGCAAGCCGUGAUUGUUUAGCUUAGUUGAAGAAGAAGAAGUCCAAGUUUGGAAAGAAAUGUGUUGGAUCAAUUUUGCUUUAUUGAUUUUACUUUGUACCAAUAACAUUUAUUUGUAUCCUGGUUCUGGUCAUCCUUUGGAGUUCCUUACAAAUAAGAGGGGGUGUAUUUUUUGUUCCACUAAUCGCUGGGUUCAAUUUGACCGCCCUGAAAUACCAAGGGAGGCAUCCCAAGACACUAAUAAUCAUCUAUAUUGGUUGAUCUACAUGCUCACUUGUUUUCACAUUGGUGUCUUUUAUACCCACCACAAAGUCAUUGUUGUAAGGCUACCUCUGUAUUGUGUUGGUGGUGGGACACAUUAAUAAACCUUUUCAUUAUGGGUGGUCCACGGGAUGGUGGGUUUGGCAGAGCCAAAAAUAGUUGGGUAGUGUCACGAUUCAUGACUAGCAAUUCUUAGGAAGAAAAAAAGUGCAUUAUCAGGUGCACCCUGUACAUAAUAACUUUUCUGUCUGUACCGUGACAUACUCCGUGCACAGUUUUCAUUGUUUAAUCCCUGUCUGUCACUUAUCAAACUGGUCCAAUUUUUCCUUGCAGAUAUGCUUGGUACAAUUGGGGAGUUGGGUUAAUUGCUAUCAAUGGUACAUUUCAAAACAUGCCAUGUUAUUAUGGGAGCCAAGCUGGAGCAUUCUGCUACAACCCAAACUGUAAGUAUCUUCAGAUUUACAUGGUCGUUACUAUUUGCAAAGUGCCGUCAUAUUGCACAGAUCAGUACAAUGGGUGGACAAGACAUACAAAAAAAUUCAAGGAAGCACGUUUAAUUUAAAUAAACAAGAUUUACUGAGGGCUCUGUUCAAAUGAGCAUCCAAUCCCUUAAAAAUAAUUAAAUUAUCUUGUGUUUUGUAGCCAGUAAUUGUAUUUAACUUGCAAGAACUUUUUCUUUUUUUCUAAAUCAACUUUUUAUUACUUUCUGUAAUGUUACAGUUGAAUUGAUUUAUGUACAUGUAUUUUUUAGUUCUCACACCAGGUUAUUCAUUUAAAGGGACACUAUAGUCAACAGAACCACUACAUCUUAAUGUAUGGGUUCUAAUGUAUGUAUAUAUCCUGUCGUGUCAAGCAGUGUUUACAUUGUUGCCUAGUAACAACUCUAGGACCUGUCACUCAGAUGGCCACUAGAGGUGCUUCCUAUCUCACAGUGCAGACUUCCCAGUCAUUAUAACACACACACACAAACACAUACACCCUGUCACCACUACAUUACUUCUUAGUCACUUACAUACACACACACACAAACACACACAUCACUCCUGAGUCCCAUUCACUUUGUAUCACAUCCCCACUUCACUUCCAAAUCACUUGCACCUAGGACUGUACACAUCCCAUUUACCUCCCAUCUUUUAUGCACGCCCCCAACAUGACACAUUCACACAAACCUUCUGCUUUCACCCAUUCACACAUUGACAUCCAGCCACCCACCCAGCUCCAAACUCUGAAUCGGUCAUAUUCUUCUGCCCUCCCAGUGCCAUAGCCUCACUCCCCUCAUAUCCCAGUCACACCCACUCAAGCAAUCAGAUUCACGUACUUGUAAGAUGUCACUUACAACCACAUACCCACCCUGCCACAUACUGCCAUACAGCCACACAUCUCGACAUGCUCACCAUCCAAUCACAACCAAAACUAGUCACAUUCACUUAUCCAACCACACAAACCAAACCACAUCAGUGUAUGUGUGAAGGGCUGAGGCUCAUUGACGUAAGUGCCUUGGGGAAGCAUGGAGGCAAAGUCCGCUAAGCCCUGCUAUAAACCAGGUGAUAACAAUGCAAAAACACAUACACACCGAUCGCUUAACUUUGCAAUCAUUUUCGUAUCAUGAAUAGAUUAUAUUUUUUUGUUUACAUGUACAAUAUUGUGCAGGAUUUUUUCCUCUGAAUGAAAUAGUUUAAUAUAUAAUGCAAUCAGGUGAUAUAUUAUUAAAUUAAAUUAUUUCAAUGAAAGUAACUCUGUGUUUUCAUUCCUGUUUCCUGCAGUGCCAGACACCAUUCAAUCAACAAAUGACACAAGUAAGUUCUCAAUUUGCGCUUUCCAAUAUUUAAGGAUGGCCUUGAAUAAGACUUAAAGAGACGCUCAGGCCCCUAAAGCACUUUAGCUUCCUGAAAUUCUUUAUGUGUGAAGGGUGAAUGCUCUCUUUUCAUUUUAUAAAAAGUGCAGAUUUCAAUUGAAAUUGUCACUUUUAUAAAUUAACUUUGAUACAACCCCUGCCUGUCAUCAGACAGCUGGACCUGUUACUUCCUGGUUUGGUUAGCUGAGCUCGGUGGACCUAACCUCAAGAGGCAGGAAAUUGCUCAGAGCACCAGCCUUCUAAAGACUUCUAAUUGAGCUUCAUUGGGAAGUCUGUGAUUGGACAGCCACAGAAAGUCUGGACAGGUAAGAAGGGGAGGUCUUGCAAAGACUGAAGACAAGAGAUCUGUAGUUUUUGCAAGCUGUUUUUAGAUAUAUCCCCAAUGAAACAAUGCAUACUUAAAUGCAUGCAUGUUUUUAUUGGGGAUAUAUCUACUAAAGAGCAAUAUAUAUGAUCCAUGAUGUCCUCCUCCGAGGUUCUAACUCAAUCAGGGACUGCUUGGAUUUCUGUUUUAACAACUGCUACAUCUUUAGCAAAUAACUUCUGAAUGUCUUCGAAUAGGUUUUGAAUGUCCUGUCUAAUAGCCAGGGCAGAACCUUUGAGGACCAGAGGGUUCUGGUCUGUUGGCGCUGGGGUUGUGUUACAUGCCUCUCAGCCUUCAAAGUCGGCUAUCUUGAUGUGCACCUGUCUUUGCAAUAGAAUGCCGAUGUCUCUUUUUACAACGGGAGCCGCCACAUUAGGCUUCUGGGAUCUGUGUCCCAUCUGUGCAGAGUCCAGUGUGUGCCCUGGAGCUGUCGCUGUCCUAGUGAGGUCUCUGUUAUAACUGGAGUCUGCUGUAAGGCUUCCAAUGCCAGUGAGGGGUGGGGAGAAGUAGCCCCCUGCUUUGCAGUGCUGCUAUUUUGCUGUUGGACCUUAAAAGAAGGGCAUCUAUUGACAAGGUAGUAGGUGUAUCUCUGUCUUAUACUACUGGAUCAGCUGGAUAUUUGCUUGCUCAUGGACAUAGCUGAAUUGAUAGCUGCUAAAUCUAUCAAUCUCAACAGUGUAUCAGUCUUAGAGGGAUGGAAAGAUGAGUUGACUUUACCAGGAACAAAACAUACAGAGCUGAAGUUUAAGCAGAUUUCACAGUUGGUGCAUGACAUGUGCACGGUCGCCUUGUCUGCAUAUGUAUAAACCCCACCAAUACCCAUUUCCAAUAAAACACUGACACCAUGGAUUUUUGGAAAAAUUUAUAUCACAGCUUUAUUGAUUAUUAACAUAAAAUAUAAAGGUUAUUGUCAACAGCAGGCCAAUUACCAUCCUGCAUUUUACAAAUUAAACCCCCUGACAAUGACCCACUCCCACAUAACAUAAUACCCAAACAAACAUUGUAACAUUUAACUUAACAUUGAAACAUGACCAUUGCCACCAGAGGGCACCAUCCAUUGCCACCAAAGGGCACCACAUGUGUAGGGGCAUACCGAGACACCCCUACACACCCCAGUUCGGCGCUACCUACGAGCUUGAACCUACCAAACCAGUCCAAAGGCCUACCUAUUAGCCCUGAACUCGAAACUGUUUCCCCAUCUCACUCUUUUCUCCCCCCAACUUUACUCUCCAUCCCCCGCCGCCGUGACCAAACGGGAAACACCUGAAAGCAAAGGGAGGGUGGGUGGGACAACAACAGGUAAGUGCAACUUAGAUUAAAGUGAUCCCUAGAUCUAAAAUGGCCACUACUUUUACUCCCCUUAUAACUCCACCCCACUCCAUUUCCUUAAACCAAUCCCUAACCACUGACCCUUAGAUGCCUGUCUCCUGGCAAUGUCAAGGCCCACUCCCCUUAGCUACGCUGCUCCAUGGGCUACAUAAUGAAUAUAUUGUAAAGUUGUACAUCCUAACACUAAACAUUUUGCCAAGAAAAUAUGCUGUCAUUUCAGAUUUAUCUUUAAAACAAUUUUCAUUGCCUAUUUACCAUCUCUGCAGCCUUGAAGAGAAUUGUCAUGGGAUGCGUUCUUGGAUCCAUAUUUCUUAUCUUGCUAUUUGCUGGCGUAUUCAUGAAAGGGUAAGAGACGAUAAAAACCGUAUAGAGCACGAGCCAAAUGAUUUAGGCAUUUUAAAUUCACACAUCAGAAACUAAUUACCAAAGCAGAUAGUUCUAGAGCGAGAUUGACAAGCUCCAUACUGUCCUACAAACUUGGAUUAAAAAAUAAUAGAACCCACAAAUGCUGUCUUCAGCAAGUGUGAGGGAAUGCGAAUAUAUUGAACAAUAGACAUUUUGUGGCCAAUGCUGGCUUUUGUAGGCUGUUACUAAACAGAAACCUAAUGCUAAUUUUUGUAUUUUCUUUUAAGGAAUCGGUUUAUUUGUUGCGUAAAAGAAAAACCCAUGGUCCAUACAGAUGUCCCACCAGAAAUUACAGUCCCAUCACCCACAUGGAACAAAACUAGUUCCUAUACACCACUUCGAAAAGACUCAAGGUACAUCAAUUUAACUGGGUUUGCCAUCGACAAGCGCCCACCGAUCAUCCGUCCAGAUAUAGUCUACCAAGUCCAUAUGUAUGAUAAUACUGGAUAUGACAGAACUGGGGAUGAAUAACGAGAGAAUGGAAAAUGGUUGGAGUGUGCUACAAUACCCAAAAAAAGAGAAUAGGUUUCAUUUGUGCAGAAAUCUAAAUGGGCAUCUACUUUGGAGUAGGCAAGUGCUAUGAUAAUUUACCCAGCCUCGUCCAAACAGGCAACGGGUAUUAUCGAUGACCUGCUACCUCAUGAAAAGGAGGAAGUUUUGUGUAAAUUCCAUGGAAAUGUUCAAUUAAUUAUCUCAAAGGAUUUUUUUUAUUUUUUUUUGUGUAUGUGAAGUUUGGGGUGAUAUUGGAUUCUGGAAAAAUCCUCAAUAACAUCAUGAGAUUUUAGAAGAGUUAUGAAAAUACAGAACACAUGUUCUGAGAAGACUCAUUUUGAGACAUAUGACAACAACUCCACUCUCAGAAAUAUGUAAAGUCAAUGGGUUUGUGCAACGUUGCCAUGAUUCUAAGAAUAUAAUAACCAUGUGCUUUUAAAGUGCAUCUAUAGUGAUAAACAGGAUUCAGUGCCACUUUACAAACAAUUUCUGUCUAUACAUGGAGCCAUCCCAGAGAGCUACAAAAUAGAAAGAUGAAAAGUUAAUUCGAAUUUCAAUUUUUUUCCUUUAUAUCCGUGGGAAUUAUCGCAAUGCUCAUGAAGAUGCCACGUCCCCAAAUAUGCAGCAGCAUUCCACAACUCGGUGUGCACCCUCACACAAAAAUCUGUGGUAUGUUACUCUCAUCAAGAAGGGGCAAAAAUCUACAUAAGGUUCACUCCGUUCUAACGUAAUGAUUUUGAAAGCAGAAAAUAUAGAUUUAAAAAUAAACCUACGUGACAAAGAGGUUCUCUCAACAUGACCAGUUGAGCAGCUUAAUUAAAUGACAAUAUUUUAAUAUUUUAACACAUCAUUUGUUUUGUUAUGUCUUGCAAAUUUUUUUUAACAGUUUUAGAUUAAAUUAAAAUGCUUUUAUAGGAGCGUGUUUAUGUUUAUGUGUUUAUAUGAGCUAAUAGUAUAUUUACCAUUAAGAACUAAGAAUUUUUAGUUUGUGAUAAUUUAACAGAUCCCACCCAAAAAUUUUACGAGCGUCUUACCUUCAUUGAUGAGGAUGAAUUUCUGACAGAAAUAUUGUCCGCCUACUGGCGUACUAUGGAAACAAGCACUUUUACUUUUCACGUAUUCCAUUUUUUGGUAACCGCCAAUGGCCGCACCAUUUAGCACAGUAAGGCAGGAGUCAGGCAGCAGGCAGAAAUUGUCCGUCACUGUGUUUGAUUGUUCUUGGGCUGAUGGCCCAUGUUUUUAAUGUUGUGACCAUGGACCUGUGUGUUUAACGUGGAAAAAAGGCUGUUUGUUUUACUUGCCCUAUGGUUCGAACAUUGUCAGUGUACUUUAUUCCUCCACUAGCACUUGGAAGAUGUACACUGUUAGACCUCCUCCCAUCCUCUUGUCCUGAACCACUCCACUUGUGACUCACUCUUCUUCCUAUAGUCGGUGUACAGUACACUUUUAUUUUAGGCUUCACUGAUGACAUCAUGCCACUGUUAAUUCAAUAAAUUUGUAAUGAUUUUGAUUUGUAAUGAUUUUGAUUUGGCGAAUAUGGGGCCGGAUUGGAUUUUAAUGUCGAUGUAAGGAUUCUGCCAUCUGCAAGGAAACCACCACUGGAGAUCAUAAGGAAAUAAAUCAUUUGCUGCUGA